CCCUUCCCCUCCCCUCCUUGUCUGCUAAACGGGUCAGCAACCUCGAAACAAGCACACACAUUUUAUUUGUGUUCUUUUUUUUUUUAAAAAACAACAACAAAAAAAACGUCGCCUUAGCCUUUUUAAAAAAAAAUAUUUCUAAUCGAAUCGUGUUCUGUGUAGACCUCAUCAUGGCGGCAAGUGCGAAGCGAAAGCAAGAGGAGAAACACCUGAAGAUGCUGAGGGAAAUGACGAGUUUGCCUGCCAACAGAAAGUGCUUUGACUGCGACCAGCGCGGUCCCACCUAUGCCAACAUGACGGUGGGCUCCUUCGUCUGCACCUCCUGCUCCGGCAUCCUACGGGGUUUAAAUCCGCCCAACAGAGUCAAGUCCAUCUCCAUGACAACCUUCACACAACAGGAAAUAGAGUUUCUUCAGAGACACGGUAAUGAGGUAUGUAGACAGAUCUGGCUUGGUCUUUAUGAUGGGAAAACCACCUCACUGGCGGAUUUCAGAGAACCACAGAAAGCCAAAGAGUUUCUUCAAGAAAAAUAUGAGAAGAAGAGAUGGUAUGUUCCUCCUGAGCAGGCUAAGGUGGUGGCAUCAGUCCAUGCUUCUGUCUCUGGCUCUUCAAACAGUAGCAACAGCAGUACUCCGGAGGUUAGACCUCUUAAGUCUCUCCUGGGGGACUCGGCCCCUACCCUGCACCUAAACAAGAACACCCCACCUAAUCAGUCUCCUGUGACCAGCCGUGGACAAACGCACCAGCAGCAUGACAAGAAGUUUGACCUCCUCAGUGACCUGGGCGGAGACAUCUUUGCUGGCCCACCAAAAAUGAACACAGGCGCCGGCUCGGGUUUUGCAAACUUUGCACAUUUCAACAGCCACACAACGGCACAGAAUAGCAACACAAAUGCGGACUUUGCUAAUUUUGAUGCAUUUGGGAGCACCCCUGGGUCGAUGUGUGGGUUCCCCUCAGCACCUCAAGUCCCGUUCCAAGCCUCGAACGCAGCAUUCACUGUGCUGUCAUCCAGUCGCAGUAUGUGUGAGUUUGCAAGUGCUCUGCCUUUCCAGGCUGCAUACAGUAGUGCUUCAGGGGGACUAGCAAAUGCCACCUUUGCACAUUUUGACAUCUUCCCCAAAUCAUGUAGUGCCGACUAUGGAUCCUUCAGUUCGUUCUCCCAGAGUAACUCCACAGGAGCAAGCGGGGACGCUGUUCAGAGUACUAGCGUCCCUGCCGAUAGAUAUGCAGCCUUCGCUGACCUGGAUAACUCGUGUAGCUCUGGCAAAACAGAGCAAGGAGGUACCACUAUUCCACCCGGGGUGCCUCAGAACCAUCGAGUGCUUGGACCAGGAGGGGACCGCUAUGCUGCUUUAGCUGAGCUGGAUACAGUUUUUGGCCCGCCUGCCCCCUCUAGUGUUUACAAUAACAACAGCAGCAGCACACAAGGGGCUGCUUUCAGCUCUGAACCUGGAGUAUCCACGGCCCAAGCACAACAGGUCCUACCUGGUAUGGCUCAAGGAUUUGGGGCCCAGUCAAGUAAUCCCUUUGUAGCUGCUGGUGUCGCCACAGCACCAGCACCAGCACCAACACCAGCACCAGCACCAGCCAACCCAUUCCAGAUCAACAACAGAGUCGCAAGUGUGGCCGCAGCAGCAGCAUUUGGCACAGCGUCCUUGAGCAUGCCUGCUGGAUUUGGCAACGCUGCAGCCUACAACCUCCCCACCAGUUUUAGUGGAACCUUUCAGCAGCCUUUUCCUGGCCAGGGGCCCUUCUCCCAACCGCCGCCGUAUCCCCAGCAAACCAAUGGUGGAGGAUUUUCAGUCUUUGGCCAGGGCAAGCCAGUGGGGACUCCUUUUGGCCAGGCGAUGGCUGCACCAAUGAUGUCCAGCAACCCUUUUUUGGGCGCAGGUCCAACUGCGCAAUAUCCAACAGGAGGUUCCUCAACGAAUCCCUUCUUAUAGCGUUCCAUCCACUUAGCUCCUUUUAAAGGUCGACUGCUGAGGCUUCCAGCUACUUCACUGUUUUGUUUCACAGGUAGCUUUAAAAACACGUUUGCAUGGAGGGUUGAAACAGAUUCACGGGUAUAAGGCGACAGUGCGUACAGCAGGGGUGUCCAAACCACAGCCAGCGGGUGUUAAUUUUGGUCCGCGAGACGUCACAAGUUUAAUAAGGAAUCUGUCCCGCAGGGUGCCUCCAACUUCAUUUUAAAUAUUUGACAGUGUAAUUGUCACAACUGCAUUGCCAUCUUGUGGGCAUCGUGAGUAAUUCAGGUUAAUGACCAUGAAUUGAAUGUUGAAGUGUUUAGAGCACAGCAUUUUUAUGUAUGACCCAAUCCGAGCAAGCUUUCCCACUCAUGGCGUAAAUAAAGUAACACAAAAAGUCAACACACAUGGAACUUUUUAGACAUUAUAAAAUACGUCCUAACACAACACAUAAUUAAAGUUUACACCUAUUUGAAUCCCCUGCAAUGCACGAUGGAAAUAAUGCAAAAUAGUCUCUCCACACUUAUCCACGUUUG